AUGGCUCUAAGGAUGCUCUGGGCUGGACAGGGCAAGGGGAUCCUGAGAGGAUGGAGGAGCAUCUGCUUGGUGGUGUCUCUGCUCCUACAGCACCCAGGAGUGAACAGCAAGUGUUACUUCCAAGCUCAAGCCCCCUGCCACUAUGACGGGAAAUAUUUCACUCUGGGUGAAUCCUGGCUCCGCAAGGACUGUUUCCAUUGUACCUGUCUGCAUCCUGUUGGUGUGGGCUGCUGUGACACGUCUCAGCAUCCCAUUGACUUCCCCGCUGAGUGUGAAGUACGCCAGGAGGCAGGAACCUGUCAAUUUUCUCUGGUGCAAAAAUCUGACCCUCGGUUGCCCUGCAAAGGGAGAGGCCCAGACCUAGAAUGGGGCUCAGCUAACACCCCUGUUCCUAGGGCUCCUGCUCCCCACUCCAGCUAAAGGAUCCCCCAUCUGCUGACUGCUCACUGCCGCUGCCACUUCCAGGGAAACCACUAGCAGCUGCCAAUUUACUCUGAAUCAAUAAAUCAAUACCACAGCCGAAA